CCCCGGCAGUCCCGGCGGCCAUUGCUCCAAGAUGGCGGCGGCGGCAGCGGCGGCAGUGCAGCUGAGCUGGGCUGGAACCACCCCCUUGGAGUUCCGUCAGCCUGCACCCUAGGAGGUAAGCAGCCCCUCAGUGUCACCAGCACUCGUGGGAACUGCCCUUGUCCCCAAAGGUUUUUCUACAUAUCACUCAUUUGCUCUACCCAUCACAUUCCCAUUCUACAGAUGCAGCAGUUGAGGUUCAAGCCAGGGCAGAAUCUGGACCCACUUACAUUGUUUUGUGGGGAGAGGAGAGACAAAAUCUCAGCUUAAGUGUUCUCUCCUCCCAUGGCCACCUUUUUCUCUCUCACGCCCCCUGCUGGUUUCCUGCCCUGUCAGUAAGUCAUUUUCAUGGUUUUAUCUAUCUUCCUCCCUCUGGAGGGCCUGUCCAACAACCGCCUGGUUCAUCCUGUGUCCCCAGAACACAGAGGGCACUCAAUAAAUAUCUCUUUGUUGAGUUAACGACGUUGAACUAAUUAAUUAAAGUGCCAUAUUCAGCUUUGAAAGCACCUGUCAGGUCAGGGCUGGGGACAGGGGUUAUCUCGCUAAAGAUAGGCUGAGAAUGGACUGUCUUUAUGCACCCAAGAGAGACAGCUUUUAUUGGUUAAAAGCACAACUCUUGAGGAGUUUCCAUCGUGGCUUAAAUACUAGUGGUAACAAAUCUGACUAGUAUCCGUGAGGAUGCUGGUGCGAUCCCUGGCCUUGCUCAGUGGGUUGAGGAUCCCACGUUGCUGCGGCUGUGGCAUAGGCCUGUAGCUGCAGCUUGGGUUCAACCCCUAGCCUCAGAACUUCCAUAUGCUGUGGGUGCGGCCCUAAAAAAACAAAACAAAACAAAAAACAACUCUGGAGCCCGCUUCCAGGUCAAAUCCUGGGUCUGCCACCUCCCAGCUGUGUGACCUCAAGCAAGUGACUUUACCUUUCUGAACCUCAGUUUCCUCAUCUUCAAAUGUGAUCAUAACACAAAGAUUAAAUAAGUUAGUAUUGCUAAAUUUCUUUUUUCUUUUCUUUUUUUUUUAGGGCCUUAUCUGUGGCAUAUGGAAGUUCCCAGGCUGGGGUCCAAUCAGAGCUACAGCCGUUGGCCUGCGCCACAGCCACAGCAACAUGGGAUCCGAGCCACGUCUGAGACCUACACCACACCUUCCAGCAACGCGGGAUCCUUAACCCACUGAGGGAAGCCAGGGAUCAAACCCGAAUCCUCAUGGAUUCUAGUCAGGUUCAUUAAUUGCUGAGCCACAAAGGGAACUCCAGUAUCAGUAGAGUUCUUAGAACAGGGUCUGGCACAUCACGAGCAGCUAGAACUGUUGACAUAUUAUGAUCCUUUAAAAUCAUCAUUUCAUCCACUUUGCCCCAGUGAAGGGAUUUUAAGUCCUUACAGUUGGGGAAGCCAAGCCUGACCUUGUCAGGGACUAGAUGAUUCCUCUUGCUUUCCUCUCUGGUCCCCUCACCUCCUCAUCUGGUUCUCAUUCCCCCUGGUCCCUGAGGAACUAGUUUCUGUUCUCUGUCCUGUUGGGCACUUCCUGGCAAGAGGCAGCUGGACAGUGUGUGGUGAGAGCCAGGGCCCGGGGCUGGAGGCCUGGGCUCUACUCCCUCCAGCCUUCCUCUCUCUGGGCCACAGAUUCCCCCUCUGAAUAAUGGGAGUCAGUCAGUCAUUCCACACAGAUGUCUUGAGCACCAGCUGUGUGCCAGGUACUGAGCUGUGCUCUGGGUAUAUAGCAGAGACCAAAACAGACAAAAGAGCAAACAAAGUAAGUGAAAUCUACAUGAUAGCUACUAGGGGAGGAACAUAAGGGGGGGGGGGCUCAUAGGAAGUAGGUGGGAGAUAGGAAGCGCUUUUUUUUUUUUAAAGUAAAGCCACCGAAAGAAGGGUUUCCUGGACAGAUGACAUUUGAGCAAAGACUCAAAGGCCAAGGGAGGAGGCAUGCAGCUGCCGCCCAGGGCGGGGAUCAUGCAGGCAGAGGGAACAGCCAGUGCUGCAGGUGGAAGCUCCCGGGUAUAUUUGGAGAAUGGCAUUUUGUGGCCCACGUGGCUGCGGUGGAGUGAGCAAGUGGGCAGGGGCAGAAUCCUCAUCACUAGACCACCAGGGAACUCCCUAAUUCAAAGUUUAACAGGAUCCCUUUGGGUUCCGAUGGGGAACAAACUGAAGAGGACAUGGGUGAAGCAGGGGGAUGGUCUCUUUAGAAUCGUUAAAAUCUUAAACCCCCCAAGGUUCCCUGCUGCGUUUCUCUAUACCUAAGUGCUCCGAUUCUAAGAUUUUUUUUAAGACCCUGAAGAUUCUGUGGUUCCAAAGAUUCCUCCCCCUACAAUCAUGUGAGUUGCUUGAGCACCCCCCCCGGGGGGGGGGGCGUGUUCGUCUCUGUGUGUGCUGAGUCCCCUGCUGUGUCCCCAGUGCCUCGGACAGUGCCUGCUGUGUUGUAGGAGUUCCCCAAAUAGAUGCUGAAGGAUGGAAGGAAGGAGGGAUGCGUCAAAGGCCCAGAAGGCAAUUCUAAGGUUCUAAAGAAUAAUAAGUCGCUCUGAAGUGCAACUCAGGUUCUUAAGUGCCUUCUGAGCGGGGUCAGAGGAGGGCAGGCAGGCCUGGGAUGGGUGAAGAGGGCUGGGAGAGCGUGCCUGGUAGGAGAGAGAGAGAGGAGACAGGGAGACCAAGGCAGGGCCCCAGGCACAUGGCCACAGUGCAGAAUUUGGCCCCGGGGACCUGAGUGGGCUUUACAGAGGCACAGAAACCCAGAAACCCUGCCCCUGGUCAUCAUCUUUUUUUUCUUUUUUUUUUUUUUUUUUUGACUGUCCCAUGGCAUAUGCAAUUCCUAGACCAGGGAUCAGAUCCCAGCUGCGGUUGCAACCUACACCACAGCUGUGACAGUGCCAGAUCCUUUAACCCACUGUGUCAAGCUGGGGAUCAAACCCGUAUCCUGGCAUGAGAGAUGCCGCCAAUUCCAUUGCACCAUAGUGGGAACUCCUGGUCAUCAUCUUUUCACCGAAUGCAUUUUCAGUGCCCAGCCACACGCUAGACAGACAGGAGUGACGGAGACAGCGCUGGCUCUCCCCUCCUGGGGGAAACACAGUCUAGAACAGGCAGCCCUGGGGGGAUUUCUGGCCCAGCCUGCAUUUCAGAGAGGGCUUCCUGGAAAAGGAGCCAUCUGAGCUGAAGCCUGAGCAUAAGCAGAUUUCCAGGAGAAAAGAGGCAUGGAGAGAAGGGGGGUUCCAGAGGCAGAAGGAACAGGAUCUGCAAAGGCUUAGAAAUAACAUCUGUUUGAAGAAAAGUCCAAGGUGGCUUAAGCAUAGAGCUCAAGGAGGCGUGGCAGGAGCUGGGGCUGGAAUGGGGGGCAGGCAAGGGCCAGGUCACACAAGGCCUGAUGGGAUGUUGUUGGAAACUUAAACUUCCUCCACACGGCACUAGGGAGCCAUGGCAGAUUCUGAGCAGAGAGGGAGAGGUCCGAUGUGUGCUUUAUGGAGACCCCUCUGCUGCCGUGAGGAGGGGCUUCAUCAGGAGGCCAGAGGGAGGCCGGGCAGUGUUCUGGGUGAACCCAGGUCAAGUGGGAGCUGUGGGAAUGGGGAGGAGGGGUCAGAAGUGUUUUGGAGGCAAGACGGCUCGCUGGGCCUCUGAUGUCCCCCUCUCUGGGAGGGGCAGAACCUAGGAAGAUCCUUCUUGGGGAAACUUUCUGUAUCUGCUCAAAGCUGGAGAGUUGUUUAUUCCUUCUGUGCUGGAGACCUGCCAAAGCUUCAAGUUGUGAUUGGGACAGGGAGACAGCGCCACCUAGGGGUUGCUUAGGAGUGUAGCCAAGGAGUAAAGGUGAGGCACUAACCCCCCACCCCACCCCGCCGCCCCUUUUUUGGCCAUGCCUGAGGCAUCAAACCUGCACCACAGCUGUAACCCAAGCCACAGCAGGGACAAAGCUGAAUCCUUAACUGCUAGGCCACCAGGCAACUCCAGCACAACCUCUUGAUGCAGCCCACUCUGCUUUAAAAAAGAUGAUUUUUUGGAGUUCCCACUGUGGCUCAGUAGGUUAAGAACCUGACUAGUACCCAUGAGGACUUGGGUUCAAUCCCUGGCCCCGCUUAGUGGGUUAAGGAUCUGGUGUUGCCGUGAGCUGUGGCGUAGGUCACAGACGCCGCUCGGAUCUGGUGUUGCUGUGGCUGUGGUGCAGGCCAGCAGCUGCAGCUCCUGUUCCACUCCUAGCCUGGGACCUUCCAUAUGCUGCAGGUGCGGCCCUAAAAAGAAAAAAAAAUUGAUUUUUUAACUGUGAUAAAAUAACACAUAACAAAACUUGUUGUCUUAAGUUUUCAGGUUGAUAGUUCAGUAGUGCUAAAUAGAUCCACGUUAUUGUGCAAUCUCCAGAACUUUGUCAUCUUGCAAAAUUGGAACUCUACAGCCAUUCAACAACAACCCCCCCCUUGCUCCCUCCCCCCAGCCCCCUGGCAACCAUCAUCUACUUCCUGUUUCUGUGAGUUUGACCCAUUCUACUAAAAAAACUAAUUAGAGGCCAACAUUAAAAAUUCUGAUUUAAAAAAAAUUUCUAGCUUUUCUUGCAAAACCAGAACCAUCUGGCUGAUGAUCAGGAAAGAGAUGGCCAGAUGGCACAGGAUUUGAGGAAGUGAGAAGAAGGUGGGGGGAGGGGCUUGGUGGCGAGGCUUUGACCCCUGGGGGCCAGGGUGUGGGAGGGAAGGGAAGGAGAGAUCAGGCCUGGCUUCCUGGAGCAGGGAACAUAGAGAAGAAGGUGCAAGUUUGGGGACAGCAAUGGGAUCCAGGCAUUUAUAACUGAACCCGAAUCUGAGUGAGAAGUUGACAAUGAAUAAAAGGGUGAGAUCAAACAUGAAAGAAGGGAAGCUGAUUCAUUUGAGAAAAACUUCCUGAGCACCUAAUAAGUACCUAGCCCUGUGCUGGGUAGCCUUGGGCACCCAACAGUGACCAGUCAGGCUCAGGACCUGCCUUCAUGGGUCUCAUAAUCCAGUGGAGGCCACAGGCUGGACCCUACUCAGCAGUGAAUUAGAGUGGGAGGCUAGAGUGGGAACCCAGGGGGCUGAAGGAGCCCUGAGGGGGUUGCAUGACCCAGGGAUCAGGGAGGGCUUCCUGGAGGAGGAAAAGUUGAAACUGAAACCAAAUAAGCACUGGGAAGGGAGUUCCUGAUGUGGCUCGGUGGGAUGGGGACCUGAUGUUGUCUCUGUGAGGAUGCGGGUCCCAUCCCUGGCCUCGCUCAGUGGGUUAAGGAUCCAGUGUUGCCACAAGUGCAGGUAGAAGAUGCAUGGCUUGGAUCUGGUGUUGCCAGUGGCUGUGUUGUCAGCCAUAGCUCUGAUUCAACCCCCAGGCCGGGAACUUCCAUAUGCCACAGGCGUGCCCCCCCCCCCCGCGCGCCCAAAAAAAGGGCUGGGAGAGGAAGGCAAGGCUGAGGAUGGGUAGGGGAGCUUCUGACAACCAGCUUUUGUUCCCCCCUGCCCAGGAUACCCCGGAAGCCCAGCUAGGGCCUAACUUCAGCCCCAUGCGGCUCACCCGCUGCCAGGCUGCUCUGGCAGCCGCCAUCACGCUCAACCUCCUGGUCCUGUUUUAUGUUUCGUGGCUGCAGCACCAGCCCAGGAACUCCCGGGCCAGGGGCUCCCGCCGUGGAUCUACCUCCGGUCCGCGCGUCACCGUCCUGGUGCGGGAGUUCGAGGCCUUUGACAACGCGGUGCCAGAGCUAGUGGAUUCCUUCCUGCAGCAGGACCCAGCCCAGCCCGUGGUGGUGGCUUCGGACACACUCCCCUAUCCGCCCCUGGCCCUGCCGCGCAUCUCCAACGUUCGCCUGGCGCUGCUCCAGCCUGCCCUGGACCGGCCCGCCGCAGCCUCGCGCCCCGAGACCUACGUGGCCACCGAGUUCGUGGCCCUGGUGCCCGACGGGGCAAGGGCCGAGGCACCCGGCCAGCUGGAGCGCAUGGUGGAAGUGCUCCGAGCCGGAGGCGCACGCCUGGUGGCCGCUCCCGUCGCUUCGGCCAACCCUGCUCGGUGCCUGGCCCUGAACGUCAGCCUGCGGGAGUGGACCGCCCGCUAUGGCCCAGCGCCCUCCGCACCCCGCUGCGACGCCGUGGACGGGGACGCCGUGGUUCUCCUGCGCACCCGCGACCUCUUCAACCUGUCGGCGCCCCUAGCCCGGCCCGUGGGCACCAGCCUCUUCCUGCAGACCGCCCUUCGCGGCUGGACGGUGCAGCUGCUGGAUGCACCCUUCGCCGCGGCCCACCAGCCCCCGCUAGCCACAGCCCACGCGCGCUGGAAGGCGGAGCGCGAGGGGCGAGCGCGGCGCGCGGCGCUGCUCCAGGCGCUGGGCAUCCGCCUGGUGAGCUGGGAGGGCGGGCGGCUCGAGUGGUUUGGAUGCAACAAGGAGACCCCGCGCUGCUUCGGGACGGUGGUGGGCGACACGCCAGCCUACCUGUACGAGGGGCGCUGGACUCCCCCGUGCUGCCUGCGCGCGCUGCGCGAAACCGCACGCUACGUGGUGGGUGUGCUGGAGGCGGCCGGCGUGCGCUACUGGCUGGAGGGCGGCUCGCUGCUGGGAGCGGCCCGCCACGGGGACAUCAUCCCGUGGGACUACGACGUGGACCUGGGCAUCUACCUGGAGGACGUGGGCAACUGCGAGCAGCUGCGGGGCGCCGAGGCAGGCUCAGUGGUGGACGAGCGCGGCUUCGUGUGGGAGAAGGCGGUAGAGGGUGACUUCUUCCGCGUGCAGUACAGCGAGAGCAACCACCUGCACGUGGACCUGUGGCCCUUCUAUCCCCGAAACGGGGUCAUGACCAAGGACACGUGGCUGGACCACCGGCAGGAUGUCGAGUUCCCCGAACACUUCCUGCAGCCUCUCGUGCCCCUGCCCUUUGCCGGUUUUGUGGCGCAGGCGCCUAACAACUACCGCCGCUUCCUUGAGCUCAAGUUCGGCCCCGGGGUCAUCGAGAACCCUGAGUACCCCAACCCGGCACUCCUGAGUUUGGCAGCAAGCAGCUGACGCUCCAGUGCCUGCUCCUGGGUCCGGAGAACAUUCGGGCACAAGGCAAGGCACUGUCUUUUGUCUUGGUGCUGCUGGCAUUUGGUGGGUGGGCCAGGGAUGCCAAGCCGCCCUGCAGGGCUCUGCAUGGUCCCGAACAUCAAAUCCUGCGCCCUGCCCAAGAUUUCCAGAACUGGGGCUCCAGGGCUGGGACAGUUUGGGAAAAGAGGAAGAGUGUAAGUUCCGGGGCCAGACUGUCGCGAUUCCAACCUCGGCUCUUGCACUUGUUCGGUAUGUGGACCCCUGGCAAGUGUCCCAAUUUCGCUGCCUCCGUUUCCUCCCGGAUUCAGUGCCAGCCCUCAGGGUCAAGCACACCCGGAGCCCCAGGACACUUGGCUGUUGGGGUUGCUUCCGCCACUAGAGGGCGUCUUUGUCCUACCUUGCAGCCAAGACGACUGUCCGCGGGGCCCUCUGUUCCAUGACUUUCAUGUCUCUCGAGCCUUUGGUCCCCUCUCCAGUCUCCUGCGCCUGGUCAGGACAGGAUGACUCUUUCCUUCUUUCAGAAAACGAGCUCCUUCCUCCUGGGAGAGCCCUGUGCGGUGCAUGCUGCUCUUAACCCCAUCUUGCACAGAGCAAACAGGCUCAGAGGUCUGAGGGUGCUCUGGUUAAGAACCUGGUUCUGGGAGUCCCCUGGUGGUCUAGUGGUUAGGAGUCAGAGCUCCCUCUGUGGCGGCCGCCCAGGUUCAAGCCCUGGUCUGGCAGCUGAGAUGCCACAUCAAGCUGCUGCAAGUCGCUGCCAAAAAAAACCCAGAGGAACCAGCUGGAUCCCAGCCUCACUCCACUUACUGUGUUACCUCAUUACAUUAGCCCUCUGCCCCUGUUAGCCCCCUGGCAAGACAGGGUAAACCACAACCAUAGCUGACAUUUCCUGAGCACUUGCUGUGUCUCAGGCAUCGUUCUCAGUAUUUCUCAUGGAGUAACUGACUUAUCCCUCGUCCCAACCCUGGGAGGUAAGAGCUGCUGCUAUUUUGAUUUUACAGACGAGGAAACUGGCCAGAAUGGUAACGUCACUUGUCCAAGGUCAGACAGCUUGGGAAGUGUCAGAGCAGAGACUUGAAGCCAGGCUGUUGCCAAUAUGCCCCUCUCCGGAGAUGGUACCCACACCACUUAGCAGGUAAAGUCAGCUUCCUCGUGAUCAUGAACCUAAGAGGAAUUACUGUUUGGGUGUGUCCCUCCAAAGUGUGUCUUUAUUUAUAAAUUAUAUCCAGGUACGACUAUCAUUCUGUAUAUUAAUAAUAAGGCUGAAGUUACUCUAUCUUAAAAUUACGAGUUCCCUGGUGGCUGAGCCGGUUAACGAUCCCACAUUGUCACUGCUGUGGGCCAGGUUCCAUCCCCGGCCCAAGAACUUCCACAUGCCAUGGGCACAGCAGGAAAUUUAAAAAUAAAAAAAUUAAAUUGAAAAUAGUUUUGUUUUGUUUUGGGGUUUUUUUGGUUUUUUUUUUUUUUUUUUUUUUUUUUGCCAUUUCUUGGGCCGCUCCUGCAGCAUAUGGAGUUUCCCAGGCUAGGGGUCUAUUCGGAGCCGUAGCCACCAGCCUACACCAGGGCCACAGCAACGUGGGAUCCGAGCCGCGCCUGCGACCUACACCACAGCUCACGGCAACGCCAGAUCCCUAACCCACUGAGCAAGGGCAGGGACCGAACCCGCAACCUCAUGGUUCCUGGUCGGAUUCGUUAACCACUGCACCACGACGGGAACUCCUGAAAAUAGUUUUGUUUACCAGCAUCAUCCCGACAACUUUGUCCCACCCACCCCUUGGGGGUGUGCCCCUGGCUUUGAGAUCGCAGGCUCUAAAGUGGGAGAGAGGCCUGAGGUCAAAUCCUGGCACUGCAGGUUCCUUCCACUGUGAACUUGGGCCGCCGAGACUCAGGCUCACCACCUCAGCUUUGCCCCCGGGAAAUGGGGCUAAUGGUGGCUCCUGGUUUGGCUACUUAUUUUGUGACCUUAGGCAAGUCACUGCUUCUCUGAAUGGUGGGGGCGGGGUGGUGAUAUUGCAGAAGUGUGAAGCCCUUGGAGAAGGAGGCUUCACAGGCCAGCGAGAGAAGAUAAAUACCAGUUUGCCCAAUCUCCUGAGGCGCAGACAUCCAAGCCUGACUUCUGAUAACACAGCUUCUGUGUUUAACCACGGCACCUGCCAGUGGCCUGAAGUCUGUUGGGUUCCCAGGGAGCAUUCUGGAAACAUAGGGAAGAUUUGCAUCAUCACUGCAAUGAGACAGUCCUCUCGGCUCCCAGAAGGCAUGGCCCAGAGAAUGGAGUGUUUUUUGUUUUUUGGUUUUUUUUUUUUUUUUGCUUUUUAGGGCCACACCCACAGCAUAUGGCAGUUCCCAGGCUAAGGGUCUAAUCAGAGCUACAGCUGUUGGCCUACGCCACAGCCACAGCUACGUGGGCUCUGAGCCACGUCUGCGACCUACACCACAGUUCAUGGCAAUGCCUGAUCCUUAACCCACUGAGCAAGGCCGGGGAGCAAACCCACAACCUCAUGAUCACUAGUCAGAUUCGUUUCCGCUGCACCACGAUGGGGACUCCAGAGAUGUCUUAUAAUACCUGCAGGGCACCUCCACGCAAUGAAGCAGUGUCCCUUGUCACAUACUGUUUAAAAAUGUCCCAUCAGACAUUUAUGAAGAACGGGUGGCUUUCGAAAUAUUUUUGUAAUUGUUAUGAUAAUGUAAAUAUAUGAAUCAAUAUGUGUUGCAUUUUGAAAAUAUUUUUUUAAUUCUCAAAAUAGUCAAAAUUAUCUAUCUAUACAUACUUAAGUUGUUGCCAGAAGCAUAAGUCAAUGCUCAAAUCAUUCUUAAAUUAUUAUAAUGGUUUUGUUUGAUUUAGAAAUUGUUGGUAAGAUUUCUUGAUCGACACAGCUGUGCCUAAGUAUUGAGAUAAAAUAACAUUAUAUAGAUAUUUAAAAUAACCUUGUUUUGGCUGUGGUUUCAUAAGGGAACCACAUCAAAUGCUUCUAGAAACUUCCCAUUAAGAACCAGGAGUUUCUGCUGUGGCACAGUGGGUUAAAGGUCUGACUGUAGAGGAUCAGGUUGCUGCAGAGGCGUGAGUUCAAUCCCCGUCCAGCACAGUGGGUUAAGGAUCUGGGGUUGCUAUAGCUGUGGAUCACAGCUGCAGCUCAGAUUCAACUCCUGGCCCGGGAACUUCCAUAUGCCAUCAGUGUGUCCAUUAAAAAGAAAAAAAAAAAUAAGAAUGUUUCAGCACUUGAGAUCUCAAUAAAAAUUUCUCUUAACAUCA